AUGUCCCCGUUUCUACGUGACGUAAUUGUUUCGCGAUCGUUUGAUUUGUUUUUUUUUUUUUUUUUGAUUCUCGGGCGCAGCGCCGCGGAUGCGACGGUUGUCUGGACACAGUGAUAAAAUCGUUAUUGCAGGUGUUCAACCCGAACGUGGAAGCCGGUCCCGGUCGGAUCGUCAGCCGGCACCCGUACGACGACGGCAUCAUGCCCGACUAUCCGGCCGGACAAGUGGCGGCCAGGAACCGAAUGCGCGCGGACGACGACGACGGCGUGCCGACGGCAGACUACGUGGAAGACGACGGCGUCGACGACCGUGCCGACGCCGCGCCGGAAAAGUCUGCGGCCCGGCCCCGGGGCGGCGCGCGCGACUCUUCCGCGGAGCUGGCGGCUGACGGCCCCGGUCCCGUGGUCGGCGGCAUCCAGCCGCUGACGGAUUUCAUCGUGAGCCUGCUCGAAACGGUUCAGUUGACGUCCCGGGCGACGCUCAAAAAGUCCCGGAACAAACUGCAGGCCGCGGCGCGGGCCGGCGCGCCCGUCGAGCCGUUGGCCAGGGCGACAACCGGCCCAAAGGCGGACAAAUUCUGA